AUGUCUGAAAAACGUGAAACCGGAGUGGAUUUUUCAAUUGAGGAGAGGGGGCAGUUGUCUCCAACCUCAAAUAACGUGUUCGAUCAGAUCACGGAAGAAAAAUAUGACCAAAGCAAUGUGGUCACCACAAAUGUUCCACAGUUAACUCUGGAGAGAACGCUCUCUAUUAGAUAUCGCACUUUAUCCAUCCAGACCUCGGAUAGUAUUCAAGCCGCAAAGCACAAAGUCCCGCAGAAGGGAAAGAAAGCAG